CUCAGCUCGACGACGACGGAACGGAACACGCCUUACACGCCCAUGAACCGCGAACCGAACGGAUCGCCGCGCCUGCACCUCGCCGACCCUGCACGAAAACGAAUCACUGAAAUCACGACGUCAUAACGCGCGUGAGAAGAGACUCCAACUUCUCGGAGCAAAACAAGGCCCGCGCGUACACCGUACGUGGACCGCGAGAAACUGAGGAGCAAGGUAAAGAUGGAAGCGAUGGAUACAACGGCGAAUCCGCAUCCAAGAAAAAUAAACAACAGUUACGAGGACGAGGAAGAACGAAAACACUUCCAAAGGAUUGUUUCCGCGUUUAGAUAUUACAAACCACAUUCUCUGCAGCGAGUAAAAAAAACAGAAUCCUACCUUCUCAGUUUGCCACAGCAUCAUCAAAAGCUUCUGUCAAAGUAUAGGGAGCACUUGCAAGAGGUGAAACGAUGUAUCGAGAACAACGACCAAAUUAUAAAGCUCAUAAUAAAGGAUGUGGCACACAUAUUCGAAAAUGUCUGUCCGACUACUGCACAAGUUGAUAGUACUUUAACUCCAAGGCCCAUAAUGGCGGACCAAGAAAAGGUUCAGGCUACGAUUAAGCAAUUGGUCCGGGAUUGGAGCACAGAAGGUACUGAGGAACGAAAAGCGUGCUAUCAACCGAUUAUAGAUGAAAUAUUAUAUCAAUUCCCAUUGGAACAUUGUACACCAUCGGACGUGCAUAUUUUAGUGCCUGGAGCGGGACUGGGUCGUCUUGCCUUUGAAAUAGCGAAGCGUGGAUAUACUUGUCAAGGAAAUGAGUUUUCCUUAUUUAUGCUGUUUGCAUCCAAUUUUGUAUUGAACAAGUGUAGAGAUGUGAACUCGUAUCAAGUAUAUCCAUGGGUUCACCAGUACAUGAACAACUUGAAGCCUGAACAUCAAACGCAAGCGGUCUGCUUCCCUGAUGUGAGCCCGAGCCUGCCGGGAAUCACGCAGUUUUCCAUGACUGCGGGUGACUUCUUAGAGGUUUACACGGAAGAUAAUCAUUGGGAUUGUGUCGCCACGUGUUUCUUCAUAGAUUGUGCUAAUAAUGUCGUGCAAUUUAUCGAGACAAUUUAUAAGAUUCUGAAGCCAGGUGGAGUUUGGAUAAAUCUCGGACCGUUGCUCUAUCACUUCAGUGACCUACCCAAUGAGGAAUCAAUCGAACCAAGUUAUGACGCCAUUCGCGACGUUAUUCUCGGAUUCGGUUUCCAGCUGGAGAAGGAGAAGACACAGGUGAAAACGCGUUACGCCCAGAACGUCAACAGCAUGUUGCAGUGCGAAUACAACAGCGUGUACUUCGUUUGUCGAAAACCCCGCGAACACAUAGACAGUGUAAAUUAUACUCACAAUGAAAGCAACGGCGCGCAGGAACAAGAGAACUAAGAAUGAGCAAAUUAUUUUUUUAAUGAAGCAAACAUUGAAGACUUAAAAGGUUGUUGAGUGUCUGAUUCCUCGAUCAUUGUGUGAAGUGCGACUGCAUAAUAUGUAGAAACAUUUUGUUUUU